AGAGCCUCUCUCCCUCACACACUUCUCCUCACACCUUCUGCUCCUGCUGACAACCAGGGCCCCUCUUCAACGCAACCAUGGCCUGCAACAGCCUCUGCCAACCCUGUGGACCCACCCCGCUGGCCAACAGCUGCAACGAGCCCUGUGCCCUGCAAUGCCAGGAUUCCCGCGUCAUCAUCAACCCUUCCCCUGUGCUGGUCACCCUGCCAGGACCCAUCAUGACCUCCUUCCCCCAGAACACCGUCGUCGGAUCCACCUCCUCGGCUGCCGUUGGUAGCGAACUCAAUGCCCAGGGACAGCCCAUCUCUGGUGGCUUUGGCUUUGGCCUUGGCUACGGGCUGGGAGGCCUGGGCUGCUAUGGCAGAAGGGGCAGCUACAUCUGCUGAGGACCCUCAGCAUCACCCCUGACACCAUGAUGUUGGGGUUCUGGCAAGGGUUCCUGCAAGCAAUGCACCCCAGCUGAUGGCUGACCUACCUGAACCUCACAUUGGAUCCCUUCCACUUGCUGCUCCUAUUUCUUCAU